UAUGUCGGGCGGUAGGAAGUCCCGGUCAGUGGCUAACGCUUUGGAAACAGUCAUAACUACGCCGAGCGAAAGACUUUUGAAAGAAUCUCACAGUUUGUAUGUCGACAAUGAGAACGGCCUUGUGAAAAUUGCAGCCUGUCUGGGACUGAGAUUGUUGCCACCUCGUAAGAAGAUAAUUGUGAUGAUUAUGGGAAACCACUCAGCUGGGAAAAGUUCCUUUAUUAACUGGUACGUGGAGGAGCACAUUCAAAAGACUGGCGUUGCCAUAGAAACUCAAGGGUUCACGUUCAUAACCAGUGGCAGAAAAAGAGAAUCCCUGACCGGGAAUGCCACACUCCACCUUUACCCGCAUUUCCGGCCGCUUCUGGAGUUUAAAGGUAUCAUGGAUUAUCUGUCUGCUGAGAUCUCCACCUCCAAACAGAAGAAGUUUAGCCUGGUGACAUUCAUGGACACCCCAGGUCUAGUGGACGGAGACAUGGUCUACCCAUUCGAUGUCAACAGUGCCAUCACAUCAUUUGGUGAGCAAGCGGAUCUGAUCUUCGUGUUCUUCGACCCAAUGGGUCAGGCGCUGUGUAAGCGAACGCUGGACAUCGUGGAGAAGUUGAGCGACAAAUGUGGAGACAAACUGCACUUCUGCCUCAGCAAAGCUGACGAAGCCGGCAAAGAGACAGACAGACAGAGAGUGAUGAUGCAGAUAGUUCAAGAGCUGUGCCGUAGACCGGGCCUUAACAAAUGUGGCUUCGAAAUGCCCACAAUAUACAUACCCAACCCACAGAAACCCAGCAGGUGUGUGAACCAGAUCAAUGAGGUGUGCGAGGCAAUAGAGAAGAGCAUUAACCAAGCGGUGCAGAAAAGCCUGGACCAGCUAGACAAAGACUGUGACCUCAUCACCACCAGCAUCAGCAAUAAGCUGGCCCAAGACAGGGCUGAAAUUAGCUAUAAUAAGAGCAGCCGCUUUAAUUCCUUCCUCUGCGGAGUCCUGGCAGUCUUCCUUCCCACACUCUUCAUCCUCAGCUUCCUCAUCGACACCUUCUUCCCCGAGGACCUGAACACCCUGGUGGGGGAGGAGUUUGCCACGGCUCUCUACUUUUUCAUGAGGAUAGUAUUGUAUCUGUGGCAGUGGAUCCCAGAAGAUGGACAGUUCGUUUCUGUGAUUAUCUUUGGAGCAAUGUGCUACUUCUUCUUUGUCCUUUCCAGGUAUUUCGCCCGCCAGAGAAGUAAGACUCUGACAAAGAAAGAGAAGAAGAAAUUGAUCGAGUACAUUGAAUAUGUUCAGGACGUCAUCAAAGCCAAAAAGAUGAGGCUGUAUGAGGAAUACCUACAGCAGUGUGCUGCAGAAUAUGACUUAUAAGCCAAGUGCAACCCAACAUGGAUCACUUCAGAUCAAUGGGCAUUUUAUAUCGGAGAAUCACACUGAGCAUAUCUUCGUCAAAUGGCUCUACAGCUAACUUGUAAUGCAUACGUCAUCCCUGAAAACUGUGUUUCUGUCAUAGGGGAAUCAAUUUCAUGCCAUGAGUGAUAACACUUGGUGCCUUUUUAGAUCAAUGUAAAAUGAAUGAAUGUAUAUAUGAAAAACAUAUACAAAUAUGACCUCACUGUGAUCUUAAAACCAGGCUAUAUAUUUCCUCCAGGUUUACUGUGUUUUAAAUGUCAGUACACUACAGAGACUUAAUGACUCGUUGAUGCUGCAUUUGUGGAGUUGUGGAACCUGAGCCUCAGGUUAAAUACAAGCCACAAACUCCAUUUAUAAGGUAUUUCAAAAAAGGCAAUCAAAGCACAACAAUUCUAUUUACUGUAAUUAUUUUCAUUUGUACAGAACCUUUCUACUGGUGCUUUGGUGUUUAGAAAAGAUAAGCAUUUAAACAAGCCAUUUGAGGCACUGAAGAUCGCAGACUGUGGCUUUAGAUCAAUUUCACUUUUUUGUGAGGUAUUAUUGUAAGUGUGUGUGUGUGUGUGUGUGUGUGUGUAUGUGUGUUUGCUACUUAAGGACUAUGCUGUGAUAUUAGAUAUGAGGUUAAAUUAUUAAUAAGGAUAAUAAAGUUAAAUUAUUUCAUUGAAACUUAUCAAUAUAAUUUAAGAUAUUUUCCACAUCCACUGCCAAUUCCAAAAGCAAACUGUGUAUACAGAAUAAUCACUUUUGGGCAUUGUGAAUAGCUAUACUGCAUGCCAGUAAGUCUCUGAAAGUCCCUGUGGCUUAUAUUUGGUGUUUUCAUAACACAUCAUUUCAAAUCCUUUUAUAACAGUGUUGUCUUCAUUAUAUCUAGUAUAGCUUUUUGUAUCAGUUUUAUACUUGCUUAAUUUAAAAACUGAAGGUUUUCAAAAAUGUGAAAUCUUUAUAAAAUGACUUUCCUGCCUGGUUAAGAAAUAUGUGCCCCACCAUUGUGACUAUGUAUCGUAACUGCUGUUGAUAGUAAAUAAUUAAAAAAUGACUUUACUGUCUGUACAUUGAUUAUUAAACCCUGACUUACUUUA